AUGCAAAUGCUAACAAAGUUUGAAUCAAAAAGUAACCGUGUUAAAGGGAUAGCAUUCCACCCGAAAAGACCAUGGAUACUUGCCUCAUUACAUAACGGCUGUAUACAAUUAUGGGACUAUCGUAUGGGCACUCUUUUAGAACGUUUCGACGAACACGACGGCCCAGUUCGUGGAAUUGCCUUUCAUCCAACGCAACCACUUUUUGUAUCUGGUGGCGACGAUUACAAAAUCAAAGUCUGGAAUUACAAAACACGCAAAUGCUUGUUCACGCUGAACGGACAUUUGGACUAUGUGCGCACGGUUUUCUUUCAUCACGAAUACCCGUGGAUUUUGAGUGCUUCCGAUGAUCAGACAAUUCGUAUUUGGAAUUGGCAGUCGCGGAAUUACAUAGCCACAUUGACUGGGCAUAAUCAUUAUGUUAUGUGUGCACAGUUUCAUCCGAAAGAGGAUUUAGUUGUUUCUGCGUCGUUAGAUCAGACUGUUCGAAUUUGGGAUAUUUCAGGUCUUAGAAAGAAAAAUGCUGCGCCUAGCUCAAUGACAUUUGAAGAUACUUUACAUAGAUCGCAGACAGCUCAAACUGAUAUAUUUGCAAAUUCGGAUGCAAUCGUCAAAUACGUUUUGGAGGGACACGAUCGAGGUGUUAAUUGGGCUACAUUUCAUCCUACACUUCCACUGAUCGUCUCAGCAGGAGACGAUCGUCAGAUAAAGAUAUGGCGAUACAGCGAUAACAAAGCUUGGGAAAUUGAUACAUGUCGUGGACACUUCAACAAUGUGUCGGCUGCACUUUUUCAUCCAAGACAAGAACUAAUAAUCUCAGAUGCAGAAGAUAAGACUAUUCGCGUUUGGGAUAUGACAAAAAGAACACUCGUUCAGACUUUUCGACGAGAACUUGAUAGGUUUUGGGUUUUGACUGCACAUCCGGAAUUGAAUCUAUUUGCUGCUGGUCAUGAUAAUGGGCUUAUUGUAUUUAAAUUAGAGAGAGAACGACCGGCUUAUGCUGUGCAUCAAACCAGUUUAUUUUAUAUUAAAGACAAAAUAUUGCGUGUUUACGAGUUUACCGACGCAACAGAUAUGCCUGUUGUGUCGGUACGCAAAAUAGGUGGUCAAUAUGUUAAUCCGCGUUCAUUAUCAUAUAAUCCUGCUGAACGGGCAAUAAUUCUCACUACUCCUACAGAUGGUGGCACUUAUGACUUGUUUCAUCUCCCAAAAGACAUCACCGGUGAACCACGAGAAGCAUCUGGUGAUGGUAAACGUGGAUCCGGUACAUCUGCAAUUUUCACCGCUAGAAAUAGAUUUGCAGUUCUCGAUAAGACGCGACAGCAAAUUGAAAUUCGUGACUUGACAAAUAUAGUCACAAAAGCAAUCAAGCCCCCAGCAACAGUCAACGAAAUAUUCAACGCAGGCAGCAGCAAUCUAUUAUUACUGAGCACUUCCACAUCCGUCAUAUUAUACGACAUUCAACAACGACAAACAGUCGGCGAAAUCAAUACACCACCUGUUAAAUACGUCAUUUGGUCAGCGGAUCAUAGUCAAGUGGCACUGUUAAGCAAACAUACCAUAACUAUUGCCAAUAAGACGCUGGAACAAAGUUGUCUUAUUCAUGAGACAAUCCGGAUUAAAAGUGGUGCAUGGGAUGAUGCUGGAAUCUUUAUAUACUCUACCCUUAAUCACAUCAAAUAUGCUCUCUCGCAAGGAGACAAUGGGAUAAUACGAACUCUCGAUCAACCCGUUUAUUUGACAAAGGUCAAGGGCAAAAGCGUUCAUUGUCUCGAUCGAGACGGUAAAACGCGUGCGAUUAGUAUAGAUCCGACAGAAUAUCGAUUCAAAUUGGCGCUAAUUAAGCGAAAUUACGAUGAGGUUUUGCAAAUUAUUCGUUCUUCGAAUUUGGUUGGGCAAGCUAUAAUUGCCUAUUUGCAGAAAAAAGGAUAUCCUGAGGUUGCUCUUCAUUUUGUACGAGACGACAAAACUCGAUUUGACCUUGCUUUAGAAUGUGGGAAUAUCGAGGUAGCAUUGGAAACAGCCAAAAAAAUGGACCGUGACGAUUGUUGGAACAAACUCGGUGUCGAAGCACUUCGUCAAGGGAAUCAUCAGGUGGUUGAAAUGGCUUAUCAAAGAGUAAAGAAUUACGAUCGCCUGUCGUUCCUUUAUUUGUGCACUGGUAACGUGGAAAAAUUAAGAAAGAUGCUGAAAAUUGCCGAACUUCGGAACGAUAAUAUGUCCAGAUUCCAUAAUUCGCUAUUCCUUGGAGAUGUUGAAGAGCGUGUCCGAUUACUUAAAGAAGUUGGCCAAUUACCCUUGGCUUAUCUUACUGCUCAAAGCCAUGGACUGAUAGAAGAGGCUGAAUCGAUUUUGGCCGCAUCUGGUUUGACUCCUGAGGAUAUCACUGAUUUACCUACAAAUGGACAAUUAUUAAAGCCACCAACACCUAUUAUCAGGCAACAAGAUUCCAAUUGGCCAUUAUUGACAGUUUCACGUUCUUUCUUCGAUAGUGCAUUUGCAAAUCCGGAAAGCAACCCGUUAGCAGCACCACUUGCAUUUUCUGAUGCCGCAGAAGGAAUCGGUGAAAUUGGUGAUUGGGGAGAAGAUGAUAUGGGAUUUGGCGAGGAAGGCGAAAAGACAAACGAUCAACAAAGAUUAAGUGGUGAGGCUCUUGAAGAAGGCUCCGGAUGGGAUAUUGAUGCUGACCUUGGCACGCAACUUGAUCCACGAAUCACCGAAGAACUUGCAAAUGGGUCACAAGAAUUCGUUCCCCCACCUUCCGGAACUAACGAAUCUGAACUCUGGAUACAUAAUUCGCCAUUAGCAGCCGACCAUAUCGCAGCCGGAUCUUUCGAAACUGCCAUGCAGCUUCUCAAUCGACAAAUUGGAGCGGUUAAUUUUGCACCUUUGAAAUCACAUUUCUUGAAAACUUUCCAAGCUACGCGCACUUAUCUUCCUACCAACGUCUCGCUUCCUUCAUUAGUAUAUCAUGUUCGUCGAAAUCCUGAGGAAACAGAAACACGUAGAGUUCUCCCGAUUUUGGCUAACAAUUUUGAGAACAUUCGUUCUACGCAACUCCCCGAAGCAUAUAAAACCACGACACUUGGCAAAUUUCAAGAUGCUAUUGUACAGUUUCGGACUAUAAUUCAUUCUCUUUUGUUGGUUGCUGUUUCAAAAAAACCAGAAGUGGAUAAGGUAUGUGUACGAGCGUAUUGA